AUGACUAAUCUUGAUCCCGACUCUGGUAGUAUUGCGGAUAUUCCCAGCGACCUGCGGAAUUUCUCGCUAUUGACUAAAGCAGGCGUUCCGAUGACUUCUAUAUCUAAGGGCAGUAUCACUCUCAACUUCAAAAUAAUGAGCGACAAGUCUAAUAUGUACCUGAACUGGCUCACCAGUACGACCGACCUAGAAGUAUUAAUUGUAUACAUGUAUCGACUCUUCGGAAACCCGGCCAUGGCGCCUAUUAUUAUCAGUGGUAAGUUUACUCCGGGCCCCAAAGCUGCUAUUUGGACUGAAAUCAAGCAUGCCCUGAAGAACAGCUUCCGCUUGAUACAUUAUCCAGUGACUAUCCUGCGCAUGGGUCGCGCGGACGACCCAUGCUGUCAUGGAUAG